CCCGCCUCUCCCGCGCCUCCCGGGCGGCGCGGAGGCAGAGCCGCGCGGCAAGGAGGGCUGAGGUGCGCGCCGGGAACAGACACUCGGGACAACGCCGUCCGCCGCACACGUGCAGCCUCCGCCGCACGAAGAGCUCUUGCCUCGCAGCAUUGCUGCCUGCAGGCCGUACGGCACCAUGCACUCGCCGGGCUCCACCGACUCGGGCGACGCGCGCGCGGCUGACAUCAUGGACAUUUGUGAGUCGAUCCUAGAGAGGAAGCGGCAUGAUAGCGAAAGGUCCACGUGCAGCGUCCUGGAGCAGACAGACAUCGAAGCUGUGGAAGCUCUUGUUUGCAUGAGUUCGUGGGGUCAAAGGUCCCAGGUGAGACCCCUCACGCCCGUCUCUGAUUCCGGUGAUGUCACUACGGCUGUGAUUAUGGACACAGCUGCACCUGAUCUACCAAAGGACUUCCAUUCAUUUUCGACUCUGUGUAUAACUCCUCCUCAGAGCCCAGAGCUCACAGAGCCAUCAACAGGGACCCUUGUUCCUUCCCAAGUAAUUAAUUCCAAAGGAUGCAUGGUCACCGCCCUCCCUCCAUCCUCUCCUGGGGGCCCCAGAACACUGAGCAAGAGGGAACUGCUGGAGCCAGCCUCGGGGUCCUCCUGCAGGGCUGUGGUGACGAGUGUGAUCCGUCACACUGGGGAGAGCCCUGCUCCUUCGUGCUUUCCAGCUGGUCCAACUCAAGAGCAGCAAGCAUCCGGCAGCAGAGGAGGGCAGGAACGGUUGCUGGACCACCUCGAAGCCUUGCAGGACACACGCUUGGCAGAUGGUUUACUCGUCACUAACUUGGUUUCCUGUCAGCCUUGCUUGUACAAGUCUGGUGGCCCGUUCCCUACUGACAAAGGCCAAGAGACAGGAUGGCCCGCUGCUGUUCAGACCUGCUUACCAAAGAAUCCUGAAAGUGACUUGUCAAGGAAAACCACUCCUCUUAUUUCGAUCCCUGUCUCCAGUCCCCCUGUCCUUUGCCAGAUGAUCCCUGUGGCUGGACAAAAUGGCAUGUUCUCAGCUUUUUUGAAGCCUCCUACCCAGUUGCCUGCAGGGACUGCCAAAACCAUCCUACCCCAAGCUGCUUCAAUGUCCCAGCCUGUGUUCAUGGGCCCGCCUGUGCCUCAGGGAACCGUGAUGCUGGUCUUGCCACAGAGCACCUUCUCCCAGCCUGUUGCCUGUCCAUCCAGUGUCAUGGCCAUUGGAAAUACCAAGCUGUUGCCCCUUGCCCCUGCACCAGUGUUCGUUGCCUCCAGCCAGAACUGUGCCCCUCAGGUAGACUUUUCCCGAAGGAGGAACUAUGUUUGCAAUUUCCCAGGCUGCCGGAAAACCUACUUCAAAAGUUCCCACCUUAAAGCUCAUCUUCGGACUCACACAGGGGAAAAGCCUUUUACCUGCAGCUGGGAUGGCUGCGACAAAAAGUUUGCAAGGUCAGACGAACUGUCUCGCCACCGCAGAACUCACACUGGAGAGAAGAAGUUCGUGUGUCCUGUAUGUGACCGGCGCUUCAUGCGGAGUGACCACCUGACAAAGCAUGCUCGUCGUCACAUGACAACCAAGAAGAUCCCAGGCUGGCAGGCGGAGGUGGGCAAGCUGAACAGAAUCGCCCUGGCAGAGAGCCCUGGGAGCAUCCUUGAACCCUUGCCAGCCUCUGGCUGAGGCAUCCUGUGGCAUCCGUCACCUGUGGGCUUCUUGGAAAGCCUCUUCAGGAAUGGAACCUGUGUGUUCCUCUCCAAAAAUAAACAUGGUCUCUGGGCUAUUGAAGUGGGGAGCUGGUUCUGAUGGAAGUAUAUUAAUUUUACUUUUCUGGUUGGGACCCUGUUCAAUAUCUUUUGUAGUUUCAGAACUCUUAUCUGUCUCUGCCUGUCUGUUUCUCUGUGUGUGUCUCUCUGUUUCUGUCUCUGUCCGUCUCUCUCUCUCUCUUUUGUAAGGAAAUGGAAGAAAAUUUGAUCUAAAUCACCAGCAUUCAAACAAAUAUUUCUGCAAUAAAGUUUACAAGGUCUGGGUUUUUUUUUUGUUUUUUGUUUUAUACCUUUCUAUUCAUGUUUUGUAGAAAUGUGACAGGGUACUAAUUUUUAUACUUUUUAUAAAAAUAUUUAUAUUGUGCUCAAAUCACCAGUUUGUGGAUAGAAAAUUUUACAGUCUCCUUUUCCAUGUUUUAUAACAAAGUUUUGUAAUAACCGUGCUUAAGAGUAAGCCUGGUAGUUAGAAAGAAACAAAAUAAGUUUGUUACCAGCCUUUUAUAGUGAAUAUUUUAGAUCAGAACUGGUUGAAUAAAGAACUCUUAACGGGAAAAAUAAACUUUGUAGUUAGCUUCUUUGUAUCAGUUUCAGGGGAAAUUCUAGCAAUGGAUCCUGUAGCCCACAGAACUGAAGUUGUGCAUGGGUAGAAGGAAUCAUAUGAGUCUGAUGUCCCAGUGGGGGCUGUGCCCGGGUCUGCCUGGACUGCUGGCCAGCUGAGCAGGGGCGGAUGUGGGAUGUUGACUCCUGGGCCAUCAGUCUGCUAAGAGCAAAUGAUCCCAUGUCCAGUCUGUAUUAAGUACCAAAACCAAGAAUAUAGACACAAACUUUGUAGGUUGCCCAAUGUCUUCUGUUGUGGUUUUGUACUGCAUGCUAGAUUGAGUGACCGCACAGAGAAAAGGAAAUGUCUUUAUUGGUUGGUUAAACGUCCCGCCAGAGUGCAACUUCCACAAAGCAAGGCCUUUGUGCACAGUCGGCUCUAGGGUUUGGGUGCCUCUCUUUUUAUGGACAAAACACUGAGAAAUGUGUUACUAAAUGGCAGUGACUGCCACCUAACUGCUUUUCCAGUCAUUGUGUGUGAAGGAAAUUAUUUUGCUCAAACAAGACAUGGAAUGGGGAUUUUGUAGCUUGCCUGAAAACAGAUCUCGGGCACUGCUUUUUACACCUCAUGAGCAUGUGUCCCGCAUCCAGGUGAUCUCUCUCUCUCUCUCUCUCUCUCUCUCUCUCUCUCUCACACACACACACACACACAUACACAUAAUGGUUUUAGUUAAAUUUUGGGAAGCUUGGGCAAUAUAGUGUGAGAACAGGUAUAUUGCUCUGUUUGAGCAGCCUGAAAAUAUUUUUGUGUGGUAUGUAUUAGGUUUUAUAUUCACCUUUUAAUCAUUGGCAUUUAACUUCAUUAACUGAUGGCAAGGUUGAAAUAUUAAACAGUUAGAUAAAAUGAGGUGUUUGUGUUCAGGUCUUUUGAGCCUUCUGUAACCGUUAUGUGGUCAUAUAUUGUAUGCUACUUGAUCCCUGUUAAGCUGCCUUUGGUAGCCGAGUUCUAUAUGUACGUAUGUUUAGGAACUGUCCAGACAGCUCUCCAGGCAGUCUUGCUAUUGUCUUUCAACAUAGUGGAGUGCAGGAGAACUAACUAUACGUAGCUUAUGUGUGUCCUGGGCCUGUGCACCUGUCUUAAGUCAGCAUCCACAACUGUGUUAGUGAUAACGACAUCUAACGUGAAUGUCUUUUUUUUCAUUGUAACAUGCAGAGAGAUGUUCCUUGUCAUGGCAUUUCUGUGGCUAACAGAAGGCCCUGGAGUGUUUGGUUGCUCAUCACAGAACUUUCUCUGACCAGUAUUGUUUCUAAAUGGCUGAUGUGUUGCAAUACCAUUAGGUUUCCAUUUCCUAAUUAGAUUAGAAACCCCUUUUCUGAAAGAGCCCCUAACAUUUGUCUACUGAAAGACUAAGUUGGAAAACAGUUCCUAUCUGAAAAGGACUCCUGAGCCCCAGAGUCCCAGGAGUGGCUGCUCCCUUGAGGCCCUCCCAACUCCCCACAGCGUGGUGGUGACCUCUGCACUUUAUCGCUUGAGAAAUUCUUGAUUUGAUUUUUUUUUUUUACUUUGUUGAGCCUUUCAGUAGUUUUAGUAAUGAAAAUUUAAAUGUUAACUACUUUUGUUUUAUGUAACAGGCUUUGAUUUAUUUAAGUGAAUAUGUGUAAUGUAACUUUUUUUUUCUUUGAAUUGUAUAAAACUCUCUUGGU